AUGUCCGACCAAAACAACUGUACACCGGAAACUGUUGAAGAAUGUAAUCUAGCUCUGAAAGCCAUAACUAGCAAAGUUGUAGAACACUUAAACUUGGAGUCGAAGAUACUAAUCCAGGGACAAGAAGAUAUACUCACCCUUUCAGAAUACGAGGCACUCUUCGCUGCCGACAUGACGAUAUGUGAAAACGCCCUCGAUGUUAUUUUGGACCUUGCCAGAAAACAAAAAGCAUAUUUGGAAUCAUUGGUUGCUGUGAGAAGUUUUGAACGGUCUGUUCCAUCUACCUUGGCGAAUGCUUUGAAACAAGCAACUACAGAGUCUAACAAAGCACUUGGACCACAAUUCUCAUCUGAUGCAGCUCGUCGUAUUCUCAGCGCCUUGGAGUCGCACGAAAAUUUUUCUGAAAAGGCGGAGUCUAAGAGCGCUCAACAACAGCAGAAUUCUACAAAAGGAACAACUCAAGACUACUCUGUCGAUCGUCGAUGUCACGCAGAAACGAUUAAUGGCAAACAAAUAUCGUCGUCAGGCGGAUGCUCACUUGAUGGAUCCCUCAUUGUGGACGGUGUUGAAAGUAGUGAUCAGAACGGUUUACGCACCUUUUCUCCCGUUCGCGUCCCUCCACAGCCUAAUUUCGACGAUAGCGAUUUGGAAUCGUUUUGUGAGGUGUCAUCAAAACCACGAAACCCUCCAAAAAUCGGUAACGAGUCAGGUCUGGCUGGAGAUCCAAAGAAGAUGGUAACAUUCGAGCGUCCACCUGGCAUCUUGAAAACCAUUGAAAACACUUCGAUUCCGGCGCAAUGUGAAGAAAGCAAGCCGCUCUUGAAUUCUGUCCUGAAUCCUAUAUGGCUAUCGUCAACGUACCAACCUCCGCAGAGACCGAAGUUCACUUCAUCUAUAGGUCGCAUGUAUAAUCAAGAAUAA